AGAAUAUAAUUUGGUCAAAAAAAAUGGCCAAUAAAAACCAGUUAUCUAAUUUUUUUUUUGUCUGCGUUUAGAAUUGCCGUAGUACGAAACAAAGAGAAAGCGUGUGAAGGCAUUGAUUGUUUGAUGGAACAACCGAGUAACAAUAUCUCUCAAGAAGAAGCACGUGAGUCUCUCAUUGCCAUCUCCUACACUUCACCUGAAGAGGAGCAAGAGUCUGUAACGACCUCUGAUGUGAAACCAACAAACGGAGUCGUCACUAAAAGAAACUCUGAAGAUGCGGAAAAGCUCAGGUCUGAGCUGAUUUCCAUCUCCUACGACGAGUCACCUUCACCCUCACCCUCACCAGCUGUAGCUGUCUGAUAGGAGUAAUUGUACAGAUCAAAGUCUUUUCCUUUCUCAUGCAGACGACUUUGGUUUUGUUUGAAAGUUAGACCCUCUUCAACUAUAUAUGAUUGAAAAUUGACGAAAGUUUUUCUUCUCUGUGUUAUUCUUAGUUAAAGCUCUCUUGAGACUCA